CAGAGCUGUGAGGACAAAUUGCGGUCUUACUCUUAAUAGCUUCAUUGUAGCAAGUCGCUUGUCAUCGACUGUUCUAAACUUUUCUCUAAUUUCCAAGUGAAAAUCGCCCCCUAGUUUUGCGCAGUGCAAUUUUCCAGUGUAGUUUACCGCAUCUUGUUUUGUGUUCUACCGUGUUGUAAGAGCAGUUUGACUCACAAAGAAAUAUCAACAUGAGUGUCAACGACGCGGAUCACACCGAGCAAGCGAUGCACUUGUUGAAUGGAGUCGGUAACUUGGUGGGCAAUUUCAAGUCGGAAAAUAAGGAGAAUGAUGUUCCUAUCAAAACUGUGAAGAAGACCAGAGCUGCGCCUAUGCCGUCACUGGCUAAAUUCAAAGUGGUUGGAGAGAAGGGCUCAGGCUUCCGUCCGCGGGCCAAUGGCGUUCAGGACUUCUACAAGAUCCGCGACUCAUGUUUGGCCAGCGGUCAGUUGUUCGAGGACUGUGAGUUCGAUGCAGUCAAAUCGUCGCUCGUUUUCAGCAAAUCGCCCAGUAUCAGUAAAUCGCUCGACGUCAAAUCUAUCGAGUGGAAAAGGCCCAAGGAAAUUGUCCAUGAUCCAAAAUUUUUCGUGAAAGGGGCCAAUAGAUUUGAUGUGAAUCAAGGACGGCUUGGUGAUUGCUGGCUGAUUGCGGCCGUGGCGAACCUGACAUUGCACGAGCACCUAUUGCAGCAAGUUGUGCCCAACGAUCAGAGCUUCCAAGACAACUAUGCAGGCAUUUUCCAUUUCAGGUUUUGGCAGUACGGUCACUGGGUGGACGUGGUAAUAGAUGACCGCCUGCCAACUUAUGAUGGACAUCUUGUCUUCAUGCGUUCCAAUGAACAGAACGAAUUCUGGAGCGCUCUGCUAGAGAAGGCUUAUGCCAAACUACAUGGCUCUUACGAAGCGCUGAAACACGGUCAUUCUUUCGAAGCCUUAGAAGAUUUCACUGGCGGCGUCACUGAAUUAUACAAGUUGAGGGACAAAGCACCGUCCAAUCUUUUCAAAAUCAUGGGAAAAGCACAUGAAAGAUCAUCUUUGAUGACAUGUUCAAUUAACCCUGUUAAAAAUAAACAACCUCUAACACCAGAAGGCCUGGUAAGGAAACAUGAAUACAGUAUCACUGGGAUAAAGUUGGUAGACAUCCCAAAUGAAACAAGCAAAAUUCCACUACUAAGGUUAAGAAAUCCCUGGGGUAACGAAGUCGAAUGGAAUCGCGCAUGGAGUGACAAAUCACCGGAAUGGCAGCGCAUUCCAGAGAGUGUGAAGCAGGAGAUGGGGCUGACGUUCUCGUAUGACGGCGAGUUCUGGAUGUCGUACCAGGACUUCGCUAAGCGAUUCGACGAACUGGAAAUCUGCAAUCUGAGCCCGGACUCUCUGAUUGAGAAUGUGCUGACUGAGCACGACAAGAAGAAGUGGGAGAUGAGUGUGUUCGAGGGAGAGUGGGUGAGAGGAGCAACCGCUGGUGGUUGCAGAAACUAUCCGGAAACGUUUUGCCACAAUCCUCAAUACAUCAUCACUCUGAAUGAUCCUGAUGAGGAGGACGAGGAAGACAAGUGUACUGUCCUUGUUGCUCUCAUGCAGAAGAACAGGCGCAAAAUGGGUGCUGAGUUUCUAGACAUUGGGUUCGCCGUGUACCUUUUGGAAGAUGCAGAUGACCUGCCGAGACCGCUGGACCGGGAAUUCUUCGAGUCCAACGAGUGUGUGGCGAAAACGCGGUCAUUCACCAACCUGCGUGAGGUGACGGCUCGCUUUAAGCUGCCACCCGGUGUCUACUGCAUCGUGCCCUCCACAUACGAUCCGAACGAGGAGGGUGAGUUCCUACUACGCGUCUUCUCCGAGACCAAGAAUCACAUGCAGUAA